AUGGGCUUUUCUACACUGGGGAAAGAGGGGAAGGAGUGCCCCAGGAGUGGGGUUCCAGCUGCUCAGAAGGACCAGGAAAAGAUGGAGGGGCUUCACCAGAUGGACUCACUCGCGCUACUUUGCUGCCUCUAUGUGGAGCCUGGAGUCCCUGGGAUGGCCUUUGAGAGGGACAGACUCCCAGUCCAGGAGGUGGUGACUUUCAAAGAUGUGGCUGUGGACUUCACAAGGGAGGAGUGGCGCCUCUUGUCCCCUCCCCAGAAGGAGCUGUACAAGGAGGUGAUGCUGGAGAAUGCCCAGAACCUGCUCUCUGUGGAAGGAGAGAUCCAACCUGAAAUGAAGACAAAUCCAACAGAGGUGAGCCUCUCUGUGGAAGAAAUGGACCUACAAAGAUUCAUGAGUGAUGGUCCUGAUAACUUUGCUUUCAGAGAAUUCUGUAUUACUCCUCAGAUUUCAUCUCAUAUUGAACAUCAAAGAAUGCACACACAGGAAAAAUCUAGGGAAAGUAAUCAGUGCCAAAAGACUUCUAUGCACAGGGCCAGUCUUGCUGGACAUCAGAGAAUCCACACUGGGAAGAAACUUUACGAAUGCAAGGAAUGUGGAAAGACAUUCAGUCGGAACUCCCAUCUUGCUGUACAUCAGCGAAUCCACACUGGGGAGAGACCUUAUGAAUGCAAACAAUGUGGAAAGACAUUCACAGAUAAAUCCAGUCUUGCUAAACAUCAGAAAAUUCACACUGGUGAGAAACCUUAUGAAUGCAAGCAGUGUGGAAAGUCUUUCUGUCGGAACUCCCAUCUUGCUGUACAUCAGAGAAUCCACACUGGGGAGAAACCUUAUGAAUGCAACCAAUGUGGAAAGUCAUUCAAACAGAUCUCCAGUCUUUUUGUACAUCAGAGAAUCCACACUGGAGAGAAACCAUAUGAAUGCAAGGAAUGUGGAAAGACAUUUAGUCUGAGCUCCAGUCUUGCUAUACAUCAGAGAAUCCACACUGGGGAGAAGCCUUAUGAAUGCAAACAAUGUGGAAAGACAUUUAGUUGGAGUACCAAUCUUGCUGUACAUCAGAGGAUCCACACUGGGGAGAAACCUUAUGAAUGCAAGCAGUGUGGAAAGACAUUUGGUAAUAUUUCCAGUCUUGCUGUACAUCAGAGAAUCCACACUGGGGAGAAACUUUAUGAAUGCAAACAGUGUGGAAAGACAUUUAGACAGAGUGCCAAUCUUGCUGUACAUCAUAGAAUCCACACUGGGGAGAAGCCUUAUGAAUGCAAGCAUUGUGGAAAAACAUUCAGUAUGAACUCCCAUCUUGCUGUACACCAGCGAAUCCACACUGGGGAGAGACCUUAUGAAUGCAAGCUGUGUGGAAAAGCAUUCACAAAUAAAUCCCAUCUUGCAGUACAUCAAAGAAUCCACACUGGUGAGAGGCCUUAUGAAUGCAAGCAUUGUGGGAAGACUUUCUCUCGGAGCUCCCAUCUUGCUGUACAUCAGAGGAUCCAUACUGGGGAGAGACCUUAUGAAUGCAGGCAAUGUAGAAAGACAUUCACAAGUAACUCCCAUCUUGCUGUACAUCAGAGAAUCCACACUGGUGAGAAACCUUAUGAUUGCAAGCAAUGUGGAAAGGGAUUCAAAGAAAAGUCCAAACUUGCUAUACAUCAAAGAAUCCACACUGGUGAGAAGCCUUAUGAAUGCAAGCAGUGUGGAAAGAUAUUCACAGUUCACUCCAAUCUAGCUGUUCAUCAGAGAAUCCACACUGGUGAGAAACCUUAUAAAUGCAAGCACUGUGGAAAGACAUUCAGUCAUAACACUAGUCUUACUGUUCAUCAGAGAAUCCACAAUGAUGAGUAAAUUAAGAAUACAAGCUAAGUCAAGAGAUGUUCACAUGUAGCACUAGUCUUGCUAUUGUGUGAUGGAAAUUUACCCUCACCUCUUUCUGGAGCAAUAUACCUGGCAUGAACGCAAACUUGACACAGAGGAGAGGAUUGCAUGAUGGAAAUCACUGAGUGAUGAUAGACUAGCAAUAGGAGAAAGGCAGCAAGAAGUCACUAGAUGGGGACAGAAUGAUGUAUCCUGCACUGCCUCCUGGGCAUCCCAGGCAAAAUAGAAAGCCAAGUCUGACUCCUGAGAUGAGAUUUGUGAGUUAUUGGGUAGAGAAAAGGUUUGAUAAAAUGAGGCAA